ACGAAACUCUUUAGGGCUGUGGUCCUCCGGGAAAUGAGUUUAACAGCCCUGCUCUUCAUGAACACACUUGAGUGUUGAUGUGCAUCUGUACAAGAGGUGGGGCUUGUGAGGUUAGAUGGGUGGGAGACAUAAGAGCUAUAUAAGAUGUCCACUACGAUUUAGAGAUUUUUGGAGAGAGAGAGAGAGAAACUCUAGUUGGCCAAGAACGUGAGUAUAUUGUUUAAUCUUGUGCUGUAAGAGUGUGAGUGUGAGGAUGGGUGUCCCGCUGUCUGCUGCUGUGACUCUAGGGCUGCUGUUCUUCCUGUCUGUUGGACUGAAUGAGCAGGUGGUCAAAGGCUGCAGAUGUUUUCAAAGACGACCGCAACAGCUGUACUGUGAUUCUGACACAGUGAUUCAAGCUAAGAUCACUGGACAAGUGAAAGAGACUAAAUUAAAGUCAUACAGUUUUGAAAUUAUCAAGACAUUUAAGUAUGUUGACACAAAUCCAGUUCAGUUCAUCGUCUCAUCUCCAGGUACAUGUGGUAUCAAUCUGCAAAACGAGGAGUAUCUGCUGGGAGGAAAUGUCACGAAUGGAGUGAUGUCUGUUAAUAUGUGUAGCAGCCUUGUGAAGCAUUGGGACAGUAUCUCCUCAAUCCCUGUAUCAGAAUGGCUGUGAGAUCUCAUCCUGUACUGGAGCGUGCCAGUGGAUCAGCCAUUCAUCAGUGCAGAAGUUUGCCCUUUUGUUUUUUAUAAUGCUUAGAACGCUUUGAACAUGUUUAAAUGAAUUUAAACAUUUUACUUAAGCUUUGCAAUGCAGCCAAAAAUACAUACAAAAAACUGUUAUCAUGGAGUUAUGC